AAAACCUCUACAGAAAGAGGGCAGAGGGGAAAGCUGCAGAGAAAGAGUGUGCCUCCCUUCAAAACGAAGUUAGGGAACUCACUGACAAGGUCAAAAAUUACAAAACUGUAAAUGCAGCUCACAAAGCGACACAGGAAAAGAAUGAUCGAAUGGCCCAAGAAAUACAUGCUCUUCGCGAAAAGUGUGAGAAACUCCAGAGGAAAUCGGCCAAAAUGGAAAGAAAGACUGCAGAGUGUGAUGAUCUCCAAAGACACCAAGAAGAACUCCAGACCGAAAUUCAGUUCCUGCAGAAGGAACUCCAAAGAAACGGAGCUUUGGUGUCGGAAGCUGACCUUGAAGACUUUGAUGCAAAGAAACAGCAGAACAACGACAUGCAAGAAUGUCUCCUGCAGCUCAGGGAAAUGCAUCAAAAUUUCCUGUCUUCGCAAAAAUUAAACACCGCUGUAAAAGCUGAAAUGUACAAUGUAACAGAGCUCAAUACAGCUUUGCGAUAUGAGAUUGGCAAGAUAAAAGCAGACCUUCGAAAUGAACAAAGUCUGCGGGAUUUAAACGUUUUGAUCACAAAGGAAAGAGAUGAAAAGGUCAAGGAACACGAGACACUUCAAGAAGAACUCCUGCAGCUCAGGGAAAGGCAAAAGAAUGUCAAAGCUUUAGAAGAAUCGUACCGUGUCGUAAAAGCAGAGAAAAUGGUUGUUAGCCAGAAGUUCUAUGAUUUGCUACAGGAGGUUCAAGACUUAGAGAAAGAACUUAAAAAAGAAAAGGCUUUGAAGGAAAAGAAUGAGACGAUGCAAGCAUGUAACGAAGAGGUGAGCCAUCAAAACCAACUCUUCCAAAAUGAAAUUGUGCAGCUCAAGGAAAGGCUGGAGAACUUCAAAGCUUUGGAAGAAUCCUACACGUUUGCAAAAGCAGAGACCGAGGUUAUUAGCCACGAGAACGAUGCUUUGCAACAUGAGAUUCAGGACCUAGAGAAAGAACUUGAGAACGAAAAGGCUUUGAAGGAAAUGAACGAGUCAAUGCAAGCAUCUAAUGAAAAGGUGAGCCAUCAAAACCAACUCUUCCAAAAUGAAAUUGUGCAGCUCAAGGAAAGGCUGGAGAAUUUCAAAGCUUUGGAAGAAUCCUACACAGUUGCAAAAGCAGAGAGCGAGGUUAUUAGCCACGAGAACAAUGCUUUGCAACAUGAGAUUCAGGAGCUAGAGAAAGAACUUGGGGACGAAAAGGCUUUGAAGGAAAUGAACGAGGCGAUGCGAGAAUCUAACGAAAAGGUGAGCCAUCAAAACCAACUCUUCCAAAAGGAAAUUGUGCAGCUCAAGAAAAGGUUGGAGAAUUUCAAAGCUUUGGAAGAAUCCUACACCGUUGCAAAAGCAGAGAGCAAGGUUAUUAGCCACGAGAACAAUGCUUUGCAACAUGAGAUUCAGGAGAUGCACAAACAGGUUCAGCAUGGAGAAACGCUGCAGAAAAUGACCCACGAACUUCGAGUGUCAAAUGAAGAAAGGAGGGGUCAAAAUGAGGCUCUGCAGCAGGAACUCCGAGAUCUCAAACAAAAAUCGGACAGUUUUAAGGUGUGGGAAGACAAGUUCCAAGAAACUUCGGCCCACAAGGACGACUUGGAGAAACAGAACAUUGAUUUCAACAAGCAGAUCCAGGAUGCCAAUAAACAGCUCCAGAUCAGACAAAAUUUUAAGGAAAAACUUGCUGAUCUGGAAGUUGAAGAAAAAUCCCUACUGGUAGAAAACAGAGUCCUGAGCGAGACCCAUUCUGAAGCCUUCAAUAGGUUUCAGCAAGAAGAAGAUUGGGAGUCCAAGUAUAACGUGCUGAAGGAACAGACAGACACCUUGAAACUACAGAACAGCGAGGCCACUGACAAAAUCAAUGGUUUUAACAACAAGCUUGUAGCUCUGAGUACUUUUAAGGCACAGUAUAAAGUAAUGAAGGCAGAGAAAAAAGUUCUUACUUCACAGAAUAACACUCUGCAAAAACAACUGCAGGACCUGGAGAAAAAGGUCACAAAAGAACAAAUUUCGGAGGAAAAACACAAUGUCAUUAAGUCAGAAAAUGACAUCCUGAACCAAGAAAACAUCCUUCUUCUACGUAAAGUUAAGGAACGCAGCGAGUCACUCAAAGGCACAAAAGUUCUGACCAAGCUCUAUAAGACCCUGAAAGAUGAGAAAAACGCCAUGAGCCGGCAGAAUGAGACACUUCUUAAAGAACUCCUGAAGCUUGAGAAAAAAGCAAAGGAUGAGAAGGCUCUAGAGGAGAAGUGCACAUCGAUGAGAACAGAGAAAGAAAACACAAGAAGGAGUGGGGUCAUUCUCACAGAACGUAUUAGCUCCCUCGGAGAAACAAACACAAGCGCACAAAUUUAGCACAUUCAGAUUGACACCAAGCAACUUUUUUCAAUCAUUCCUAAAAAUUAAAUUCAUUCAUUCCUUUGAUUUACUUUUAACUUUACCCUUAUUACUUCCCUUACCACCUGAAUGAAAACUUAAUUCCUUUACUCUGGGUUUACUCUGGGUGCUCCAGUUUCUCCCGCAACCAACAUAUAAUUUGGUUAUUUCCUAAAAAAAAACUUUAUUCCUUACAGUGCUUUUAACAGGGCGUUUACUCUGGGUGCUCCAGUUUGCCCACAACCAACAUAAUUUGGUUAUUUCCUUAAAAAAAACUUUAUUCCUUACAGUGCUUUCAACAGGGCGUUUACUCUGGGUGCUCCAGUUUGCCCACAACCAACAUAAUUUGGUUAUUUCUUCAAAAAAAACUUAAUUCCUUACAGUGCUUUUAACAAGGGGUUUACUCUGGGUUCUCCAGUUUGCCCACAACCAACAUAAUUUGGUUAUUUCCUUAAAAAAACUAACUUCCUUACUUUUUGCUUUUAACAAGGGGUUUACUCUGGGUGCUCCAGUUUGACCACAACCAACACUGAAUUAAUUUGGCAAUUCAUUCAUUGAAAAAAAAAAUUCAACCUGGAACGGGCUGGUUGAACUGGCCAGAAAUUUAGAAGACAUAACAUUAUUGCAACAAGGUGUUCAGAUAUCAGGAUUACGUUUGAAAACAAAUUUUUAUGAAUAGAAACAGCUCCUUUAUGAAACACUGCAUUUGGAGCUUAAAGACAUCAAAUCUCCCACUGCAAAGGAUGAUGGGUAAAAUGUUGUUCAGACAACAUGUUCUCAGUCAGUACUGGACAACAAAAACAGCAGAGACCAGUGCCCGAAAUAAACUUCUGACUGUGCAGAAGUCAGAUAGAAAGAGACAGCAAGAAUCAAAAAGCCACACAGCGCUAUUUACGACUAUCUGCAAUUCCCUUAAACCACUGGCCCGAACAUAGAACCAAAACACCGCUGGCAAAAAAAACGAGCCACGCACACUGGCCAGCACACAUCCGCAUUGAUAUGCUUAUAGACACUUUCCAUCAGCUUGCAUCAAUCUCCUUUUUCUAAACAAAAACUCAUACUCAAACCAACUCAAAUCACAAUACACUCGACCUGGACCUCUAACACAAUCACCAGUACAAAUCCUAAACCUCACACGGACAGAAUGAGGCUCUGUCAUGGAAAAUAGGACUCAGGAUCCAAACCAUCUGAGAAAUGCAUGCUAUUGUGGUGAGAUAGAUA